UUCUACCUUAUCUGUUUUACUUCCUUAAGAAGUUUUCGAUUUUACCUUCAGAAAAUCAAAAUGGUAAAAAAAGGAUAUAGGUUUUCUCUCUCUUUUCUCUCUCAAAUUUUUCAGAGAAAGAAAACUGAAGACUCUUAUGGUCGUCCGAAAUUCUUUCUGGCUUUGUCUCUCGAUAGGGAUUAUCAUCUGGCAACUACCAGCUAUUUCCGGUGUUGGCCAGCUCUUGUCGCUUUCAUAUCGAUAAUGUUAUCGGUGAAUUACAGAAGAAUCUAUACUCGAUUCAUUCGAUGUUAGUUUCAAUCUCCGGUAGAAUCGAUGGCUUCAACGGCGAAAGACGAUGACUGAAAUCUUUUGUCUCCUCAUGUUACACGCGUUAUCAAUGUUGACACUUGUCUUGAGAUCUUAUAGUUCGAUCCAAUCUUCUUCUUAAGCGAUGCAAAUGGUUGGGCUCGUGUUGGGCCUUAUAUGUUUUCCAGUUUCAGUUUUGUAGUCAUGGGUUGUGAUAUUAAUAAAACUAAACCUUUGUGAAAAAAAAAA